UCCUACUGCCACACUGAACAGUAUAGCUUUCCUGUCCUUGGUGACAGAAGGUAAAGAAACCAGCGAGGUGUGCUGAGCUGCCAUUGGUCCAUUUCUUGCUGUGACCUCACAAUGACAGACUCCUCUGCACUAACAGCUCUGGCUGAGGCUGACUCCAGUGCUUACAGUUCAGCAGCUGUUAGCUGGUUGGAGACUAUUGAGAUUCACUUAUCAGUGAGCUACUUGUACUUGGAUAGUGGUGAAUUGGUGAAUCUGAACACACCAUAUCACCGAGGACGCGACCAUGGAGCAGGGCAGGGAGGCCUGCUGCUCCUCUGAGGACUCCUUCCUGCCUGACUAUAAGAUGCUGAAGACCGUGGGCCAGGGACAAUUUUCCAAGGUUAAGCUGGCCAUCCACGUUCCUACUGUAACCCAUGUGGCUGUAAAACUUAUCAGAAAUGAUAAGGAGUACGCCUCAGUUGUUGCUAGUGAAAUCAACAUCAUGAAUUCUCUCAAACACCCGCACAUAAUCGAAUUGUUCCACGUGUUCCAAUCAAGAGAUACCACCUUCUUAGUGAUGGAGCACGCAUCAGGGGGAGAUCUUUAUCGAUACAUUAUGGAACAGAGGUGCUUACGUGAGAGCGAGGCACGGAGGCUAUUUACCCAGAUUGUCCUUGCAGUGCAAUACUGCCACAACAACCAGAUUGCCCAUAGGGACAUUAAGGCUGAGAACAUACUACUUGACAUCAUGGGCAACGCAAAACUUUGCGAUUUUGGCCUUGCAGCAAAGGUGCCCCCAGGGGACCUGCUGACAGACUUCUGUGGUACCCCGAUCUACUGUGCCCCAGAAAUUUAUUUUCGCGAAGCCUAUGAUGGUUUUGCUGCUGAUGUAUGGAGUUUGGGAGUGCUCCUAUACCUCAUGGUGGUUGGGCGCUUUCCCUUCUGGGCCAGGUCUCCUGAAGGUCUGAGACGACAGAUUCUCGACUCAAAAUACAGCAUACCUGAGCAUAUUUCCACCGAUAUUUUCACAGUUAUCAUACGACUAUUGAAGAUCUACCCGGGCAGCAGGCCCACAAUUGACCAAGUCAUGACGUGCCCCAUGAUCACGGACACCCUUGCGCGUUUGCCUCCUUCCACACAGAGACUCCCAGGCACCCUGACCCCUGGUAGAAUUGUCAGCAGCAUGACGGUCAUGGGUUAUAAGUCUGAGGAAAACAUUCAUUCCCUGAGAGAACAAAAGGACAAACAGGUGAUGGCCACUUACCUGAUUCUCAAACACGAGUCUUCUGUGGGAGAUAGCUGCCAUCAGCCGGUGAAACCCAGGCAGUCAGGCCUUGUCCUCAACCUGGGAGAUCGUCACACCUUCCCUGUGCCCCUAAGGAGAGCUACUGAGCCUGCGCCCCUGGCCUUCACCAUGUCAUGCAGUCUUCAGGAGACAGAGCAUGAGAACAAUGCCAGGCAGGGUGGCACAAGGCAUAGCAUGCCUGCCACCCUAUGCCACCUGUCAGAGAGGCCCCAACCUCCACACCUAGUGGUCCAGAACGGGCACAGUUCUCUUGACCUUACACGCAGUAGGGUGGUAAUGAGCCAGAGUUCCUCUGAGUCAAAGAUCGGGUCACAUGUCAGCCCCAAUGACAGUGUUCACUCAUCACUGUUCUUAAUGUUCAAUGAUUCUUGCUGCCCAGACCCCAAGGAGACCACAUGUAACACAGGCAGUGUAUCUUCCUGGAGUUAUCAAGAGGAACUCUGCAGCUCCUUAGACACAGCUCAGAGUGUAACUUCCAGAGGCCCCUCCUCUGGGGAUACCAGGAUGGGAGACUCCAUGAUACACGAGGAAGUCAUUUAUGAGGACCUGAACAACACACAGGAAGAGGCCGUCACACCAGAAGUGACCAAUACUCAGGAUGAGACCAUAACAGAAGAAAGGACCAGGGUCGAUGAUGUGAACAUGACUCACACUGAGGCCGUCAUAGAGGAAAAUAUAAUGGAGGAGGAGGACAUGCAUCGGGAAGCAAAUAUCAGCCUGGAAGUGAGGAGGACCCAGGCAGGGCAUAAGACUCAGGAUGACAGCAUCACAGAGGAGGAGGCCAUCACCCACGGCCAGCCUGAGGUUGCCGUCCAGGCUUCCUCCCCAAUCCUGAGGCGCCACAGGUGGAAGGGGUUCAAGAAAACAAUGGUGAACUGCCUCAGACACCUCAGCUGCUGCUUGCCACCUGCCAGGAGAAGCCACGACGCUUGUCAGAACCUGGCUCCAAAGAAACGGGAUCAUGGAGUCAGUCACAGAGCCUGGUGGCGACCGGCCUGCUGCACCGGUGAGGAGUACCUCCUGCCUGACUAUAACAUGAUGAAGACCCUCGGCCAGGGAAAUUUUUCAAAGGUGAAGCUGGCCAUCCACAUUCCUACUGUAACCUAUGUGGCUGUAAAACUUAUCAGAAAUGAUAAGGAGUACGCCUCACGUUGUUGCUAG